GCCAUGAUGGUAUUGGCUGAAAGACUCGUGUAAAGUUUGUCAUCAGUCAUUGGUGGGUUGAGUGUUGGCAACCAGAUAAUUAUUUAGAACUGUGGGCAAUUCUCCUUUUUUGCAAGGUUAAAAAAAGCACUGGAGUAUUUUUAGCUACUCUUGGACUGUGCACCUGUAAUUAGUUAUUGUUUUCAACUGUCUUGCUCUUUACAGGGAAAACCAAGUCUAUUAAGUGUUCAUUGAUAAGCAUUAACUACAAUUUAGAUUAAAUUGUAGUUAACAGUUGGUUUAUAUCUACUUGCAUGUCUAAAUCUCUAGAAUGUGACUUUUUUUCCUUGUAUAUAAGUAAGAAACCAGCAUUUCAGAAGUUUUUUCCCACUUUAAAUUCAUUGCUUUUUGUUUAUUUUCUGGUUAGAUUAUAAAUUGGUUAUUUUCGUAUGUUUCAGCUGAAACAUCCACAAAAUUGUCAGUAGAGUGGGAUAAAAGUGAAAGAAAUGUAUCUUCUGCUCCGGUUACCUUGAGUCCACUCAAGCUGGAUCCUCUCAAGGAGCUAGAGCUGCUACGACGACAACAAGAACAACUCCAACAGCUUCAGCAGCUUCAGCAGCUUGGGAAACACUUGAAGCAGACUUCCGCAUCAGAUGUUCCUGAGAAAUCAGAAUCAACUGCAAGCAAGUCAUCAAGUGCUGUUAUUAGUACAACUAAGGCUGAGUCUGGGACAGGUGACUCAAGGUCGUUACAGUACAGCCAUGGGACUCAGGGUACGCCAGCUCAAGAGAAAAAUAGCACUGCAGCAGAUCGAAACACAGUUUCCACUGAGAGAAAUUUAAAACAAAAAGGUGCAAAGCAACCUUGUAAAUUUUUUCCUAAUUGUCGAUUUGGAACCAGUUGUCGUUUUCAACACCCUCCUUGCAAGUUUGGUUCAAGGUGUCCAAAAAGUGAGUGCAUAUUUGAUCACAGUCCAGAAUCGUUAAUUGAAGAAUAUCGAGAGGAAUCUCAAUUCCAAGGAGAUUUUCCAGAGGAGUCUGAGUCACAUGGCAAUAGUUGUAUGGCAUUUUCAGGAAGAGGAGAUCAGAUUCCUGGUAUUGGAGAUGGUGAACUACCAGUGGUGCCAUCAAAAACAGGAGAUACGACUGACACAGCAGUUGGAGAGAGGAAGGACAAUGACACAAACCAAGACAAUAGUAACCAAGCCAGUAGUUUUCAGGACAACAGCUAUGAGGUAUCUGGAGAGGACUACAUGGAGGUUGAGGAUGAACACUAUAAAGAAGGAGAGAUGGCCAAAGAAGGAGAAGUUGCUGUUCCUGAUCAAAGUGACACGCAAACUGAAGAAUGGCAACAAACUUCUCACCAUGACCUUCACUGGGAUAGGCCCCCACAUCAUCAGGGAGAACAUGCCAGUACAGCCCCUCCUUGGGAUAGAGAAAAGACCUCCCAUGAGUCACAUUGGCCACCACCUAGAGACAGGUUAUCCAGAUGGGAAGGAGAGCAACUACCUCAGGAAAGAGAUGGGAGGCCACCAGUGCCAAGAGAGGGUGAGCGUCAUGAUGAAGUAUGGAACCGAAGAGAGUGGAGACCUCCAUUUGACAGGUUUGAAAGGGGACCAAGACCACCUUUUCCAAGAGAUGAAAGUGAUUUUGGGCCUUUGGCCCCUAGGCCUGGGAGAGACAGAAGGCUUCCUUUGCCGCCAGAUGAACAAGAUAGAAGGCCCCCUUGGUUGAAUCAGCAAGGUGCAAGAUCCCCAGUCUCAAAGGAUGACUGGGACAGAAAGCCUCCCAUUCCACGAGUUGAACCAGAGUCUGGUAAACAGGAAGACCAAGCGCAAAAAGAACCAUCAAACAAGGUUCCAGUACAAAAGGAAGAGAGGGACAGACCACCAUUUCUAAGAGGAGAGCAGGAGAAACAACCUAUUCCUAGGGAUGACCAAGAUCGGCCACCUUUCCCAAGAGAUGAACGUGACCAACCGCCCUUCCCACGAGGUGUAUGGGACCGACCACCGUUCUCAAGAGAUGAACAGGACAGACCACCUUUCCCAAGAGAUGAACAGAACAGACCACCUUUCCCAAGAGAUGAACAGGACAGACCAGCUUUCCCAAGAGAUGAACAGGACAGACCAGCUUUCCCAAGAGAUGAACAGGACAGACCACCUUUCCCAAGAGAUGAACAGAACAGACCACCUUUCCCAAGAGAUGAACAGAACAGACCACCUUUCCCAAGAGAUGAACAGGACAGACCACCCUUCCCAAGAGACGAACAGGACAGACCACCUUUCCCAAGAGAUGGAUGGGACCGACCACCCAUCCCUAAGGAUGAACAGGAGCGACCACCCAUCCCUAGAGAUGAACGGGACCGGCCACCCAUCCCUAGAGAUGCCAGAGUUCAGCCACCUUACCCAAGAGAUGAUCGGGAAAGGCCACCUUUCCCAAGAGAUGAACGAGACCAUCCACGUCAUCCAAGAGAUGAGCGUGACUGGCCACCUUUCCAUAGAAAUGAAAGAGAUUGGCCACAUUUCUCUAGAGAUGAUUGGGAUCGACCACCAUUUCCAAGAGAUGAAAGAGAUUUUCCAUUUCCACCCAGGGGAGGUAGGGAUCGUUGGUCACCUCCUCCAAGGGAUGCAAGAGGAAGAUGGCCCCCAUUUCCUCGAGAAGAGAUGGAUGAGUUUGGCUGGUCAAGAGAACAUGGCCCACCUGGUAGACCUUUUUCUCCCCCAUUGAGAGGUAGAAGGGCAAGACCACCAUUCCAUGAGGAUGAAAGAGGGAGACCAAUAUCGCCACCCCCAUGGCCACCAACAGAACAUUACAGACGGGGACGGUCCCCCCCAGGAUCAGACUUCAGAGGCAGGCCUCCACCUCCUGAGAAAUUUGAUCGGUUUGGUCAUCCUUUGCCACCUCCUCCAUGUGAAGCAGAUUUCUUUGAUGAGCGAGGGAGGCCACCACCUCAUGACUGGGAUAGAAGAGACUGGAGAAGACCACCUGGAGAGGAGAGACUCAGAGAACCUCCAUACCCAGAUGAUCAAUGGAGAAGAUCGCCCCCACCCUACAGGGACCACCCAGAUCAUUUACCCCCUGACCACCCUAUAGAACGAGAAAGAGAUGACAGAAGAGGUCGAGAAGAUAGAUUUUAUGAGGAGCGUCCACUAGACAGAAGACCCCCAUUUGAUGAUUACUUCAGGGAUCGACCUCCCUACUCUGAGGACUAUCCUCCACGUGACCCUACUUCUUACCCUCCCCACCCCGAAGAGGGAAGACAUCCAAGUGAGACACCACGAGUGGAGAAAAAGCCAGAGACUGUUCCUGUUGAAAGUAUUCUGGACUCUCCAGGACGGGAUUCUAGACCUGAUAGGAUUGUUAUCAUUCUUAGAGGCCCUCCAGGGAGUGGUAAAACACAUGUAGCCAGGCUUAUUAAGGACAAAGAAGUGAGCUAUGGAGCACAUGCUCCACGAAUCUUAGCUUUGGAUGAUUACUUUUUGAUGGAAGUUGAGAAAUCAGAACAAGACCCUGACACUGGAAAGAAAAUAAAGAAGAAAGUAACCGAGUAUGUAUAUGAAGAAGAGAUGGAGGAAGCCUACAGAGCAAGUUUGUUUAAAUCUUUUACUAAAACACUGGAGGAUGGUUUCUUUCCUGUCGUCAUUGUGGAUGCUAUUCAUGACAAGGUUGAACAUUUUGACAAAUAUUGGAGUCAUGCAAAACAGAAAGGUUUUGAGGUUUAUGUAGCCGAAUUAAUGGCUGAUGCGCAUGCCUGUGCUAAACGGAACAGUCACAAUCGCACCUUUGAGGACAUCAACAAGAUGGUUGCAGCGUGGGAAGAGACACCAGUUCAUCAUCUGAGGCUUGAUGUACGAUCACUAUUACAAGAUGCUGUCAUUACUGAGGUUGAGAUGGAGGCAGCUGAUGACACAUCUGUGGCUGCUGCUGCCACGGAAGCUCCUGCAGGACAAAUGGAAACACAGGAACAGCUGGAGGAAGAAGAGUCUGAGAUACAGGUGCCUUCACGUAGCAAAUGGGAAGACAUGGAGCCAGCGGAAGACAAACUGAAUAAACUUGACGGCAUCCGACCACUGAAGGGCAAGAGGAGGAGAGAGGAGUCGCCCCCAUUCCCUCUCAGCGAUGAUGAUGACCCAUACGACGAACGCGAAGAAGACAUGCGCAUUGGCAAGAAGAGGGUUCGGUGGGCGGACCUCGAGGAGAAGAAAGAGUUAGAGCAUAGAAGAAGAAUCGGCUUUUGCAUAGGUACCGACUGGAGCUUGUUAACGGAUCCUCACGCUGAAAUCCCCCGUACCUUUGAAGAACCGCCCAAGACAGAGCAUUCGUCCGAAGAACAAGACAAAAAAUCAGAGAAACCGCUUCGUUGGGACUUUUUCAUUUAACCGUUUGACCCCUGGGUUGAAAACUGUGCCAAGAUGAUAAUAUAAUUUUGAACGACUCUCAUCCACGCGCAGUGAAGGUUUUCCUGUACACUCCCUUCUACAGCAUGAAAAUAGUACAACAGCGUUCGCUUGAAAACGGCCACAGUCCACUUACUUGUUUUAAUGUAUUGAAAAAAUGAGUCUUUUUUACACAGUAUUAAGAAAUUUAAAGAAAACCAUUGUCAUGCAAAUUUAAUAACCGAGUUACGCCAGUCUCACAAAUUGUUCGCAAAUCUUUCAUAGGAUUUUUUUUUAAUAAAUGUAGAAAAUGUGUUGUGUGUACUGCUGCGGCGGUAAUGUUCAUCGGUGAAGAUGCUGCGCGCUUUCAGACCACAAGUUUGUACGGUGUGAGCUUUUUUUUUUUCAUACAAAGACGAUAAUUAAUAUUGAUGAAGAAAACGAAAAUACCGCUUGCACCUGCUUGGUUUGUAGCGACAAUGUAUUGAAGCAAAUAAAGUCAAACUUUCUUCCACUGUUAUUCACAACAAUCUUCAAAACUAAACACAGCAAAACGUCGUUUGAACAGUGUAAUAAACCGAAUAACAUACUGUG